AGAUGGCCUGAAAUUAACUAAUCAAUAACCCUAGAAAAGGUAAAGUAACCCAACCACGAUCCUUACAGUUAACAGGUCAGGCCAGUAAAAUUCAUUUAGGCGGGAAACAAAUCCCCAAAAUUUUACCCCCUUCCCAUCUCCUCUCUCCGCCAAUCCCCUCUCCAUCUCACUCUCUCUGCAAAAUGAUCCAUGGCGAGAAGGCAAAAGACGUUGUCGUUUUGAACGACGAUCCCUAUUUUGAAUCGGAAAUCGACAAGAUUCGUGGCCGCUGGGAACUCGCUUCGAUUCUUAAUUUUUUGAGCAUAUUUGAGCCAGUUCUUGGGGUUGAUUUGAAGUUAACAGCAGAGGAGAUUGAGAGUGGUCUUGUUAAGCCUAAUAAAUCACUUGCUCAGCUUCACGUUAAGCUAUUAAAGGGGAUACCACCUGUGAGUAACAAACUGAAAGCAUCUGAUGCAUGGGUGACUGCACUUUGUAAGAAACUAGCCACGUGGUGGCCAUGGGUUGCUGAAGGUGAGUUACCACUGAAGGAAGCCAAAGGAGAGGAGAUAUCUGAAUACAAGGAACUAGAUCCAACUAAUAGAUUGCUGAUUUUGAAAGCACUCUGUGAAAUCAGAGCUGAACAAGAUGAUAUUGCAUCAUAUGUUAAUACUUCCUUGAAAGAUGGAACUGAAAUUUCUUAUUUCCGGAAAGAUAAGGUUGGGGGAGAUGGAACUGCAAUCUCUUACUGGUAUGAUGGAAGUUCUACCAUUGGCCAUAGAUUAUACAAGGAAGUAAACAUGACCAGGGCUAAUAUUAGAAUGAAGGGUAAAGCAUCAAAAAAUCUGCCAGCUACCUGCUUGCAAUGGGAAAUACUUGCAACCAAUCUCGAGGGAUUUCAGAAAGUUGUGAAUGAACUCUCUUCUAGCAAAGUUGUGGCAGAUGUUGCAGCUGGCAAGACUAUUGAAACUGAUGUCCUGCCUAUUAUUCAAAAAUUUCAGAAGAAGAAAGAUAGGGCCCUCAAACAAAAAGAAAGGCAAGAAGAGCUCCUGAACAGUUUUAGAUCCUACACUGCUGGGAUUACUCGUUCCUGCCGCAGUCGCAGACCUAUCAGUUAUACAUUUGAUGAUUAUGACCGUGCGAUUGAUGAGGCUAUAAAAAUAACAAAUUGCUUCAAUUUAUUAUCCAGGAAAAGGAACACUAUUGAAGAGGAGAGCAAUGACAGGAAACAUGUUAAGCAGGGAAUUGCUUCUGAUGGGGGUUCAAACAUGGGCAUAAAUUCAACAGAAAGUCUUGGUGAAAAGGGUGAUUCAGACAUGAGUGCAGACUCCAAAGGUAAUAUUGAAAAGGGAAACUUCUCGGAUAGUGAAGAAAGUGGCAAGCUUGAUGAAGCAGGUAAUGAUGAUGAUGACAGCGAUGAUGAUUAUGAUGACAAAAUGGAUUAUGAUAAUGGGAAUAGAUCUGGCAAAUCUGAUGAAGAAAAUGAAACUUUUGGUGGCAAGAACAUUGCUCGGAAGUUUGGUUCUCGUUGGAGUUCAAGACUUGCUGGAGUUGCAAGCCAUCCUGUUGUGGAAGCUGGAAACUUUGGCACAAAGAAUAGGUUGAGGCAAAGACCCAUGCGUAACUCUGCCCUGGACUCUAUUAAUGUGCUUGAUUCAGAUGAUGAAACUUCGUCAAAACAUACCAACAGCGAGAUAUCUGGACAUGAAGAUUUGUCUCCAGUAUGUAAUUCAGAAGGGGUGAGUGACAGUUUGUAAACCAGUUUGUGCAAGUGAUUAACCUUGAGAAUUUUGCUGGGAGGAGAUAUCGUUGCAGAAACAUAUCUUGAAGGCAGUGCAUGUUAACAGCAAGUUUUGAAAAUGUGCCAAUCCCUGUAUUCCGUCUAGGAAUCCGAACUCUAAUCUGCACCCCCUGCCCUGUGCUUUCUGAGAUCCUGUUUUGUUAGGAUUUAUAGAGAGAGAGAUGUCCUGUACAGAGUUGUAAAGCUACCACUAAGUAGGCACCGACGGAUUUACAUCUUUUGUUUACUCUGUUUAAAUGGAAUUCCUCCCUAGCAUGGAAGAAUCAUAUGUAUAAUUAAUUUAUUAACGGCUUGUAAAAGAGGUUGUCAGAUAAUUGGAAACAUGGGAUUUCGCUAA